UGAAAGUUUUAGACUUUUGUGUUUGAAGGAUUUUGAUAAUUUUAGCACAUCGCGCGUCAAGCAUCGUAGAUAAUGAAGGUCUUUCGUGACAGUAAGAUCCGCAUUCGAUAAUGAAUAUACUUAAUUGUCCGCUCUGUAUAUAAAAUAAAUAUACAUUUAUCAUGCAAACUGUGGGUAUAAUGAAUUAUAUUCCGCCUUGUCUGGCCUGUAUGAUAACGGCGAAAAGGGUGUAGUUACUAGAUUAUCCAGGUCGUCAAAAAAGUUACUAAACACUCUGUAUAAAUAAUAUUAAGAAUUGUGCAUUUGUUGUUGAAGUGUAUAAAAAUUAUUUUAUCACAAAGCCACGGACGAUAAGACCAACGGUCCGUGCUGAAAAACACUUUAUUCGGGUCGACGAAGUGAAAGUAGACCGUGUCUUUUUGGAAAAACAAAACAGGUGCGUGUGAACAGGAGCCAUUCUGAAGCAUGUUUAAAAAGAUUAUGUCUUAGUCCAUGCACAGCGGUCUUUUAACUGUGCUGUAGCAGCAUUUUGUAAUGAUGUUACCAUUGAUCCUAGAAUCCAAACUGAUUGUAUGAAUUGUAACCUUAACGAAGAUCAAGUAAUAACAGGUUGUCCUGCUGGUUAUAUUCCUUGUAAUAAUGUUAAAUGUGGAUUUUCUACAACGUCUCCAACGAUAUCUAGUGGUCAAGCAACACAAAACGCAUACCCAUGGAAUGUUUACUUACAAGAUGCUAACAACGUCAAUUCAAUGACAAAAGGAUAUGUAGGAGGAGGUGUACUGAUAGACCAAUAUUUCGUAGUAACAGCCGCUCAUAAAAUUUAUCCCAAUGUAGUAUUGAGAGCUCUGUUUGGUUUAUAUGAUAUUAACGGGGCACCAGCUCAAACGAUUGAUGUCAAAUCAGUAUAUUAUCACUCAGAUUAUAAUCCGACGACAUUGAAAAAUGAUAUAGCUCUACUAAGAUUAGCAGAGCCGGUAAAUAUCGGACCUUCAGCCAACUUUAUUUGCCCACCGCAACCUGGUAUAGAUUACCAUACAUCAAAUCCAGGUGCAGACAACUGUGUAGUGGUAGGAUUUGGAAACACUACCUUUGCUUCAAAUGAUGCACCUUAUGUACAUUUGAAACAAGCAUUUUUACAAAUACAAGCUUAUACAUAUUGCAAAAUGGCUUAUGAUAGUCUCGGACUUAUGACUGCAAACUAUUUAGAUGGGCAAACUGACAUUUGCGCUGGAGGAGAGCCAAAUAUAGAUGCUUGUACGGGAGACGGUGGUUCAGGUUUCGUUUGUAGAAACGUUGGAGCGAAUCAAUUCAACCUAGUUGGAAUAGUACUCUGGGGCAAAGAAUGUGGACAAGAAGGUAUUCCCGGAGUAUAUCUUUAUUAUCCCGCUUUUCUGAAUUGGGUCACAAGUACUCGAAACUGUAUAUUAAGUUCAUCGAAUUGCGCACAAUGUCCUGGAGCAAUCUCAACAUAUUGUAAUUGAAAUUUUUCUCAUUUGUUACAAUAAAGUAUGAAUAUAUUUAAAUCCGUAAUACAUCUCGCACGAUAAUUGAAUAUACUCGUAUAGCUUUAAA